AUGCUUCGAGACCAUGCAGUGCCUGUGGCUUUUGCUUUUGAAAGCGAAUUAUUUUCUGUCUUGGCUGAUUUUGUCAAGGCUUGCAAGGGAAAUGUUCGUGGGUUACCCACAGAAAUGAUAGCCGGGUGGGUUCCCAUGAUUGUUGAUGGAGCAUUCGUGACAUCACAAACUCAAUUUGAUAAUACAUGGUCCACCGACAGAACAUUCAAGAAGCUGGAAGCAAGUGGUAUUCUCUCUGAAUGUCUGCGCUGCAUGGCAGUGCCGCAAGAACAGGCAUCCGUCGACGCUCGAGACGAAAUGGUGGAUAGAAUCGUGACAGCCAUUGUGUCUUGUCCUUCACUGCUACGAAAAAAGUUCAAGGAAGGCGAGCCUUGUGGCGACGUUGUCUUGGCGAUUCUCGAUGGCAAAGAUGGCCAUACAAACACACAAGCCUUUGUCACCAAGCAGCUACAGGGUAUUGUCCAGUCCUUACGAUCACUUGAUGCCGCUGGUACAAAGAC